AUGGCAAUCGGAGUGGCAAUUAUCGGGAGUGGCAAUUUUGCCAAAGAGCAGCAUUUGCCUGCAGUUAAAGCUGCCACCGACCUGCAGCUCAAGGCCAUCUACUCCCGGUCCUUGAAGUCGGCCCAGACUCUGGCGAACGGGACAUCAGAUGUUGACCUUUACUCGGACGACUCUGGUACUGGAAAUUCCUAUGAUGAUCUACUGGCACGUCCAGAUAUCGGCGCCUUACUCAUUGGUCUCCCAAUCCUGAAUCAGCCCGAGUUUAUCAAAAAGGCCCUCCUUGCAGGCAAACAUGUCCUCUCAGAGAAGCCCAUUGCCAAAGAUGUGGCUACAGCCCGGGAGCUUCUGCAUUGGUACCAGACCAGCAUUGACUCUAGUAAGGUUAUCUGGGCUGUGGGCGAGAACUUCCGGUAUAUGACCAAGUUCUUGUUCGCGGCCGAGAAGGUCCGCGAGAUGGGCCGGGUCCGGCAUUUCCGAGUCAAUGUUCACAGUUUGGUGAAGCAGGAUAACAAGUACUUCUUGACAUUCUGGCGUAAGAUCCCAGAAUACCAAGGAGGAUUCCUCUUGGACGGUGGCGUGCAUAUGGUCGCUGGUCUCCGCUUGAUCCUUGGGUCUACGGACCAUAUGAUUGCGGUUUCGGCUCAGACGCAACAGUUGAAGGACUACCUACCGCCGGUUGAUACUGCUGACGCGGUUGUUUCAACAGCUUCUGGUGCUACGGGUGUCAUUUCCUUGUCAUGGGGCUCGGAUUUUAAUGACAAUGUCUUCGAGUUUGCUUGUGAGAAGGGCGUGGUGACGUUGUGCUUUGACAGUGUUACCGUGAAUGGGGUGGAGCAUCAUAUCGAGUUUGAUGGCAAGGGUGUUGGUCCUGAAGUUGCGGAAUUUGCGACAUCUAUUAUCAAGGGUGGUUCUGUUGCAAAGAGACAGUCGCCAGAGGAAGCGUUGGCGGAUCUGGAGGUGUUGGAGCAGAUGUUGCAGAGUGGCGAGAAGAAGGGGGAUCGAGUGAUGCUUCGUUUCCAGAUUUAG